AUCCGAGAAGAAAACAGUCAUAAAAAACUCGUGAGAUAACGUGGUUAGGCGGUGUAUUUUGUGCGGUGUUCGUGAUUCAAACAUUUGUUUCUUCUUCUUUUCCAAGAAAUAAACAUAAAAUACUUGAAAAAAAAAACAUACAUUAAAGUGUGAAAUUCUAAUAACAGAAAACGCAAGUUAGACGAAAGUAACCCAAACAUCUUUGAAUACAACAACUAACCGAUCCCUUCGAAAAAAAAAACAAAAUAUUUCUUCUCUCCCCCCAUUUGAUUUGUUUUGUGUUUAGCCUUUAACUUUGUUUGUGUAAAUCUUACACAAAAGAAUUAUAAAAAGGACUCCACGACAAACGAAGAAGAAGAAGAACGAGUAUAAAACUCAAAUUGUUUUCUUUCUGAAAAAAAGAAAUCAAAACCGCCCGAUAAUUUUCAAUUCAGUUAAUUAGUUUUAAGUUUAAAAAGACAGAGUAAAAGUAAAAGAAGAACAGCACAAACAUGAUUAACAUGGACAUCAGUGUUACACCCAACUAUUCGUAUAUUUUCGAUUUCGAAAAUGACUUCAUACACCAGCGCACCCGCAAAUGGAUGGUGGAGAACUGGACAUGGGUAUUCUACUAUUGUGGCAUCUAUAUGCUGGUCAUAUUCGGUGGUCAACACUUUAUGCAGAAUCGUCCCAGAUUUCAGUUACGUGGUCCAUUAAUUAUAUGGAAUACAAUGCUGGCCAUGUUCAGUAUUAUGGGUGCAUUCCGUACCGCUCCAGAACUUUUGCAUGUCUUACGUCAUUAUGGACUUUUCCAUUCCGUUUGUGUUCCUAGUUACAUAGAACAAGAUCGUGUCUGCGGCUUCUGGACAUGGUUAUUUGUACUCUCCAAACUACCCGAAUUGGGCGAUACCAUCUUCAUUGUGUUGCGUAAACAGCCGCUGAUCUUCUUGCACUGGUAUCAUCACAUCACGGUGCUCAUCUAUUCGUGGUUCUCCUACACCGAAUAUACCUCAUCGGCCCGCUGGUUUAUUGUCAUGAAUUACUGCGUGCACUCCGUCAUGUAUUCAUACUAUGCCCUGAAGGCGGCCCGUUUCAAUCCACCACGUUUCAUUGCCAUGAUCAUUACAUCACUGCAGCUGACCCAAAUGAUAAUUGGCUGUGCCAUCAAUGUGUGGGCCCAUGGUUUCCUCAAGACCCAUGGACCACAGUCCUGUAACAUUUCACAGACCAACAUUAAUCUGUCGAUUGCCAUGUAUUUCAGUUAUUUUGUAUUGUUUGCCCGUUUCUUCUACAAGGCCUAUUUGUCACCCGAUGGCAAGAGCCGGCGCAUGGCUGCAUCCUUGGUGGCCCAGAAUUCGGCCAAAUUGCGGCCCACAACAAACACCACUAGCAACAGCAGCAAACCUUUGGUAUCAACGAACGCCGAAAACGAUGUUCAUUUGCGUAAAACAAAAGUCCAAUAAAUUAACCCUACAAAUAUACCUACAAUUCAGGGGAUAUUGUUUUUUUUUAAUUUAAUUGUCAUUUUUUUAAUUUUCAUUUAACUGUAAUAAUUUAGAAAUCCUAAAGAACAACAACACAAAAUAGAACAAAAAACAUAAAACCAAAAAAGCAACCUACAGUCGUUGUCGAUGUCUGCUCUAAAUCGAAAUACAAAAAUUAAAACAAAACCAACAACAACAAAAUGAAAUUUUACCUAUUGCAACUAUUUGAGAAACAAAAAUAGUCAUAUUAUAUGUUUGAAUUAUAUACAAGUCUAUAUUUUACUAUAAACUAUUCUUCAAAUAACAACAAAAUGCUAAACAAUUAUGAAAUUAAAUUAGAAAUUUGUAAAAUUAAAAAGGAAAGGAAUCGAUGUAAAGGACAGUUUAAAAAAAGGAAAAAAAAAAUAGUUGUAUUCAAAUCCAAAUUAUGUUGGAAUCUGCAAAAGAAGAAUUUUUGAAGCUAUUAUAUAAUUUCAGUUUAUUGCCGCCAAAUGGAGCUUCUUUUCAAAGGCAAUUUUUUAUGUAAUUGCCUUUGUAAAAAAAUAUUAAGCAUACGAGGCAUAUAGAAGACCUAGCUUCCCAAAGAAUAUUCCAUGACUUGUCUUUAUAGAUAGAUAAUAUUGUCUUCAUUAAUAAUAAAUAUUUUUUUUUAAUUUCUAAUUAAAAAUAAUAAUUUCCCAUUCAAUGUAAAUCUAAUAAAUUAUAUAUAUGAUCAUAGCAAUCAGAGCAUAUUAAGUAAAUUACUCGAACAUUUCUUCUUCGAACUGGUGUGACACUACCUACUUUAGGACACUUUCCACAUCGUGUUACAGAUAUGUAGCGUGAUUUUUUAACAUUUUGCAAUAACCCAUCUUCUAAUUGUCUUUAAAGAACGCCCAUAAAAUUUGAAACUUAAACGAAAGGCUUUACUUAAUAAUAUAUAUUUUGUACAAUGCUUUGUAAUAUAAAUAUGUUAGUUAUAUUUAUUUAUAUAACUUUUGCCAUUAAUAUAUUAAUACAUACCAUACAAUGAAGCUUUUCCCUACAUAUACCAAAUUGUGUGAAGCGCCUUAAAGUAUGUUAUAAAAAUGCAUAGCAUAAAUGUGGCUUUACACAUUACUUUAUAUGUUUGGAGUUUGGAGUCAAAUGUAAAGUGACAUUUUCAAUAGUUCUCUUUGGCAUUUUUAUGGCAUACUUUUCCACGCUUCCCGGAGUUUUUUUUAUCUAAAAAGAUACGCCUUCUAUAGUAUAUAUCAAUAUAAAAAUACUAAAAGUAUAGAAUAAAUAAAUUGCAAAUGCUUCUAUAAUAACGUAUAGUUUAUAUAGUACAUACCUAUUUAUAAUCAUGGUACAAUAAGGAGGUAGAACUGAUUCGUAAAACUACAGAAAUACAGCCCUGAGGCUAUGCCCGCUUCUGGUCAGAAUUAUUCAAUUUUAUAUGCAACAAGUUGUUUUCAUUUAUUUCAUAUUUUUUUUGUUGAUUUUUAAAUUAAGUCAAAUAGCACGAAAGAUGAAUGAAAUAGCUGUAUGUUCUCUCAAUCUUCCAAUGCCAUGGCAAGUCUGGUUAAUAUCAUUAAUGUGCGCCCUGCAAUUUAAGUUUCUUCCAUUCAGUGAAUUUGAAAAAAAAAUUUUUUUUCCAAACAAUAAAUACAUACACAAAAUUCGCAGGAGUCGGGCAGACUUAGAAAAAAAAAUUGUAAUCAGCUGGCAGCUCUACCUUACCUUUUUAUUGUACCGUGCUUAUAAGUUUAAAAAUUGUUGAGAGUUCCUUAGAGUAUGUUAUAAAAAUGCAAUAUAAAAUAUGAAAAAGACACUUUAUGUAAUCGGACCUUUAAUAUGCCUUAUGCUAGGGUUAUAAAGUUAUUAGUAUAUAGUAAUAUUAUCAAUAUCCAUAUGAGUUUUUGGUCACGUCUUAAAUAUAUUGUCAAGUAAUGAUUGUUAUUUCAUUCAGUGCAAAAUUUAGUUUCAAUCAAACUCUGAAAAUGACUUUGUUGCAAAAAAUGUUCAGUCCAGUUGCUCAAUUCUUGUUCUAUGAAAAUAUAAAAUGAAGACAUGGUCUAUAUAAGGUCGUCCAGUAAGUCCAUCGGACAACUAAAAGACAUAUUUGUGAUUUGAAAUUCGAAGAAAGUCAACUCACAAUAGUCUAAAACCUACUUGGGCGAACUUAUAUAGGCCUUGAUGAACACUUUUGUAAAGGAAAGUUGCGUCAAAUGGAAAAAUUGUGAAGAGAAAAUGUUUGUAUUUACGAUUAGAACAAGAAUCCGGCUCCAAUACGAGUGGCAAAAAACUUAAAAAAUAUCUAAAACUGAAAAAAUUAGCUGUUAUUAUUUUCAAAAUAUCCAAAAUCAUAUAAAAAAAUUGAAUACAAUUCCAACCCAGAAAGCCCAAACGGCUUCCAAAGUAUUUUUCUUUUUUUUUUUUUAAUCUGUCCUUUACAUUCAGAUUUUGUAAUUUCCACAAACAACAACAAUAAAUAUUGUAAAACAACAACCAACUGAAAGAUAAAAAGUUCAUAUAUUUUUUAAUAGAAAACCAAAUUACGACAAAGAAUUUGUAUGAAAAUUGAAAAAUAUAUAUAUACAAAGACUAAUGUGAAUUGUUUGCAAAUGCAAAAAAAAUAACAACAGCAAAUUUUUAACAAACAAGCUAAAUUAAAAAUUUCCCACACAUCACAUGCCAGGGUUAAAUCCAAAGUAAAAGCAAACAAUAACCCAGCAGACAACAAAAAAACCAAGUAAAUAUUAAAAAUAAAACUUAAUAUUUUAUAUUUUGUUUUGCAUUAGCAAACAACUAAUUAAACAAUUGCAACACAAAAAAAUAUUGUAUUUAACUCUUACUUAGAAUUGUCAAUGUAAAUCACCAAUGCAAAUAACCACCUCUCUAAACCUAACCUCAAAACCAUCUCCUCGCGAAAACAAGUUAAAUGUCAACAACAACAAAAAAUGUUGUCGUCACAUCUGAAUGGGAUUGACACCUUUGUUUUUUUAAGAUUCUCCAUAAGAUCUAGUCACAAUUGGCAUUAUUACAAAAAAAGUACAAAAUAGAAUCUAAUAAUUCACAAAACAAAGAAGGAUUUUCGAUCUUGCAAUAUCAGCAGAUAUGACUGACAAAAUGUUAAAGUUUGUUCUUAUUUUGUUGCCAACAAAAAAACGCAUAUAGCAUUUUGUAUACUACCCACUAUAGCUGUCAUAUUGACAGUUAAAAAGUGAAAAUGUUUAAGUUUUCCUUAAAUCGCACAGCCGUUUUGAAUGUAAUUUUUGUUGCAAGGGGGGGGCACUAACUAGGUUAAUACACAGCUCAAUGUUUGUUCCAUUACCAGAAACCUAUGUACUAUUGUGCCCUACAACACGAGGUGGUCACGGUAUUAUUUUUUUGAGCAUUUGUUUGUAACAGGCAAAAGGAAACGAGAUAGACCCAUAGUUCCUUUUGAUAAUCUGCAUAGAAUUAUCAGCCGACUUGUUGAAUUUGGCCCACCCAGCCGUAAUAUGGAUUCCGUAGUAACGAUAUUUUGGGGAAAUAUAUCAAAUACAGCUCAGAAAUACCUUUAUCAAAUUUUAUCGAGAUCGGUUCAGAUUUGCAUAUAGAUGGGAGCUAUAUCUUUAUCCGAUUUCAAGUUAUUUGUACACCAAAUGGGCAAUACAAACCCGAAUUGAAAAGGCACAAAUGCCUUGGCAAAAUUUACUAGAAAUCGAUUUAGAGGAGGAUAUUCCUCUCAUAUAUUAGUUCCUUUGGACUUUAAAUUAUAACUAUAAUCAUAGUUGGUAUGAUUUAAUUCUCACAAAUUCCCCAUAAAAACUUUUAUUUGUUAGGUGAAGCUCUACUAAAUAUGCAAAGUGGUGUAGGGUAUCUAAAGUCCGCCCCGCCCGACUUUAAGACCUUCUUUUGGUUUUGAUAUUAUGUAUCGGGUUUCGUAAGAAAAUGUUUUGAUUAUCUUAAGUUUUGCAACAAAACCAAUCAAAUAUCCAUGAUUUCGAUAAAUAUUAUGUAUUUCUUUCUAGAUAAUGUGUUGCUAUAAUAAAUGGUAUUCGGAUAUAUUAUUUGUUUUCCAAUAGGAAAAAAUAUCCGAAAACGGGCCGUCUGUAGAAAAUUAUUUCCGGCUAUAGUUUUGCUGCAAAAAAAAUAUAAAAUUACUUUUUUAAUAUUUUUUAUGGAAAACUAUCUGCAGACCCAGCUUGACUUAUUUUAGGAUAAAACAUUGGUAUUUUAAAAUAGGUAUGUGUCCAAAUUCCAUGUCCUUAUUUAAAUAAAUGUAACACUUAGGAGACCCAUAUAGAUCGGUAAUUAAAAAACUUAGAAAAAAUACCCUGUUGGCAGUUGGAAAAUGUGGGAACGAAACUAAUUUUAAAAUGCACAAUUAGAGGAGAUGGUUGCCGGUUCAAAAAAAAGAAAAAUAAUUCGAACCAAUCGAAUUAAAAAUAUUUUGUUUACUGGUUUUUUGUAUUUAUUCAAAUUUCAAGAAGAAAAAAGAAAACAACAUAAAUAACUCUAAAUUGUUAAAUUUAUAGAAAAAAGAAACGCAAUAUCUAGGCAUUUGAUAAAAAGACAACAUUUUCAAAAUAACAAAAUGCUUAACUAUAUUGUGUACAUCAUUAAAGUUUUUUGUAAAAAAAAACAAAACUAAUUGAAAGAACAAAAAAAAACAAAUUAAAUUCAUUUUAUAAAACAAAAAAACCCAAUUUGUUAAAAAAUAACAACUACAAAAAAAUAGGAAAAUAGAAAACGGAAACUGUUCAAAAAUAUAUACAAAAAGAAAAUUUGCUUUUACUUAACUUCUGAUAUUGUCUCAAUUAAAACUUGAAGCAAAACAUAUUGCUAUGGCUUCUUGCAAUAUUCAAUUAAUGAUUUUUGUUUAUUAAACAAUACGAAAAAAAACAACAAUAUUACUAGUUCAAUUAUUGCUUACUUCCUUUUUUAUUAUUACGCUUGGUUUGGUUUUGUUUCUUUUUACUUUUUUGUAAUUUUUUGUUAAAAUAUUCCAUUUCUAUUGGUUUCUUUCUUUCAUAACCACAGAAUUACAUGAAAUGCAUUUUCUCUCUCUCUCUCUCUUUCUCUCUCUGUUUAUAAUUAUUUAUACAAUGGUAUUUUCUUACUAUGUAUUUGUAUACAUAAACCAUAUUCCACAUACUAUAUGAAAUAUAUACACAUAUUUUACUUAUUUCCUUCUCUAAUUGCUAUCAUACAUACAGACAUAAGUGUUUAGGGCGAAGGUUCAAAUUCGUUAAUAGAGAAACAAAAAGUGUAUGGUGUUUUUAUUUCUUCUUAUUUCAUGAAAAAUAAGAAAUAUUAUUUAAAAAUCGUAUUUAUAAUUAUAGUUUUUAAGCCUAGAAUCUGUAUAUUUUUUAUUUAAUUAAUUGUUGAAUGAAAUGCGCAAAUAUUUUAUAUUGUUUUUUUUUCGGAUCAAUGAAAUAAAUGAACAAAAACUUACAAAACAUACAAAAGUAAACUUAAAA